AUGUCUGGAAUAUGCAAGAUGGACAAAACUAAUAGCAAAUAUGACUCGGAGGUAAAGCAAUCAAUUACCUCUUCGUCUUUAAAAAAGGUGUUGAAUUCCCACCUGUCAAUAUAUAAUGCGUUGACUAAUCCAGAUUUAGACGUUUCUCCUCAGCUUAAUAGUGACGCCAGCGGUAAUUACCCUCCAGAAAUAAAUGAACAGUUCUCUAUAACUUCAUGGCAAUCUAUAGGUAAUGAAUCGUUUAAUGAUUUGAGUAAUUCGAAGGAAAAGGUGUCGUCGUCUAUUUUGUCUAGUGUUUCCGAUGAAGAGGAUAAGGAAAAGGAAUCUGCAGUUAUUGUACCUUACCCCACGAGGGAUAAGGUAAUGGUAUUUGAAACAGAUGAAGAAGAUGAAGAUAUUGAUGAAGAUAGGACGCUUAGGCCGAAUAUCCAAUGUUUUAACUUGAGCGAGAAUCCGAAUUCAUUUAUAAUGCCCAAGCUCACAGUUUCAGAUAAUAUAUCAAACAAUGCUCACUGCAUAUUUCAAAUAAGUGUAUUGAGCUCGCCAAACUAUGGAAAUCAUACUGAUGCCUAUCAACUAAUUAAAUAUCUUGAAAAGGAUUUCAGUAGCCCUUUGAUUAAAUUCAAUCAUUUUAUAGUUAAUCCAAAGCUCCUGUUAUUUGAUGAGAAAAUAAUUAGAGAGUCAAAUUUGGUUUUUGUGAUUAAUGAUGGAUCAUCUAUAUUCGUUAAUUACUUAUGCAGAAUUUUUAGGGUUGUUGAUGGGAUAGAUUCAGAUAGUUUAGAUAGCCUACCUAAGCUAACUAUUAUCAACAUGCUAACAGUUAAUUACUUUGUCAAUUUAUUUGAUUUGUUGAAUAAUUUACGACCUUACCAAAUAUGGAAAACCUCAUCAUUAAAGCAAGAUAACUUAUUGAAGAAUCUAAAAACAUUGAUUGAAAUCGAAUUUAGCCCAAUGAAAGAAGAAUACUUAAAUAAGACGCUUACAACUAGAGAUAAGAACUUAAGCUUGACUAUAAGUAAUAAUUUUAUGUAUUCCAGUUUAGUGCCAAGCAAAAAGCCUGACUAUAAAUCUAUUGAAAGAAGCUUCAAAUCCGAACUUCAUUUGAGUACUAAUAUAGAUAAUAUUGAUCCUUUACAAUUAUCUUCAAGCUUCUCAAGUUUAAAAGUAUUCAAUUCGAUUAUCAAGAAAUUAUUUGCAUUUAACUCAGGUUGUGCUUCAAACGGAAAUUCCAAUAGCUACAAUAGGUUGUGGUUGAUUUGUAGCUUUACAAUUGGCAUUGGUAUAGGCGUAGGAAUUGCAAAUGGUGCAGCAGCAAUUCUAAAUUUUUAUUUCUACAACAAUUACUUGACAUCAGGAUUAAAUUCACCUCACUUUUUUGAUUCGAAGCAACUAGCUGAUGAUACAGAUUUCACAAGCACGCAAAUCAACAAUUCUAUGGCAAAUUUCUCUAAUAAUUUAAUGGAUUCAUUAAAGAAAUAUGCUAAUGAUUUGAAAGAGUUGAAGUGUUUCGAAGAGAUCUCCGAGUUGCCUAGUAAUUUAAGGUCAGCAAGUUCAACGGUGAUUGAUUAUUUUAAGGGCGGUUUAGAGAAACUAACUAGCUUCUUUUUGUACAGUAAUCAUUGA